AAUAUUAUUAUUGUUAUUAGCUUGUUGUAUAUUUUUUUUUUUUUGUAAUUGGAAUGCACUUUGGACCGUUCUAAAUUAUUCCAAAUAUAAGAUUGUAUUUAAUAUAUUUUCUCUGACUAUUUUGUCCGUAUGUUUUGAUAAUUAUCUGCAUAAUAAAUAUUAUAUUUUAAUAUUAAGUAAAUUAUAUUAAAAAUGUUUGCAAAUAUUUCAAAGUCCGUCAUAAGUCACGCCAAGUUUGGCUCAAUUUCACGUUUGGAGUCAACUUUAGUAAUUGCUGAGCAUAAUAAUGAUAGUGUGUCAACAAUAACACAAGUUGCAUUGACAGCUGCAAAAAAAAUUGGUGGUGAAAUUACUGUGUUAAUUGCUGGACCAAAAUGUGGACCAGCUGCUGAAGCUUUAACCAAGGCAAAUGGUAUUAGCAAAGUGUUGAUUGCUGAGAGUGAUGCAUUCAAUGGUUUAACACCAGAAUCAUUGACACCAUUAAUUCUUGCAACACAAAAACAAUUUAAUUUUAGUCAUAUUUUAGCUGGUGCAAGUGCCUUUGGAAAAGCAUUAUUACCCAGAGUAGCAGCAAAAUUAGAUGUUUCACCAGUUAGUGAUGUUAUUGGUAUCAAUUCAUCAGACACAUUUGUUAGAACAAUUUAUGCUGGUAAUGCAAUACAAACAAUUAAAGCAAAGGAUAAUGUUAAAGUUGUAUCAAUAAGAGGUACGUCAUUUGAACCAGCGCCACUUGAUGGUGGUAAUGCUACUAAAGAAAAUGCACCAGCUGGUGAUUAUAAAUCAAAACAAAUUGAAUUUAUAAAACAAGAAUUAAGCAAAUCAGAUAGACCUGAAUUAACAUCAGCUAAAGUUGUUGUAUCUGGUGGACGUGGUCUUAAAUCUGGUGAAAAUUUUAAACUUUUAUAUACACUUGCUGAUAAAUUUAAUGCUGCUGUUGGUGCAUCAAGAGCUGCUGUUGAUGCUGGAUAUGUACCAAAUGAUUUACAAGUUGGACAAACUGGAAAAAUUGUUGCACCUGAACUUUACAUUGCUGUUGGAAUAUCUGGAGCAAUUCAACAUCUUGCUGGUAUGAAAGAUUCAAAGACAAUUGUUGCCAUUAACAAAGAUCCAGAAGCACCAAUUUUUCAAGUUGCUGAUUAUGGUCUAGUUGCUGAUCUCUUCAAGGCUGUUCCUGAAUUAACAGAAAAAUUAUAAAUCCAUAAAUUCUAUUACAAAGCUUGCAGUAUUUAAUGUGUUUUCUUGAUAACAAAGUAUGAAAAAAGAAAAAAAAAAUGUAUAAAAAAAGGGAAAACAGGUAUAUAAAAAUAAAAAAAUAUUCUGG